AUGAGUAAGGUUCGGCGAAGAUCUAACGAAGAUACAUUAUUUGACAUUGACUUUUUAAACGAUGAUUUUGCGCCAAAUUUCGACAGACGGCUGUCUAACGUCAGUAACACGAAUCCGUUCGAAACGCGAAUAGUAGACUCUGAUUAUGACCUUUUGAAUGGUUUGCGACAUGGAAUUGUACCGCAGGAAACGGUGGACCUCGACCGUGGCUCAGCAGAGUUUGGACACGAAGACAAUAUCGAAAAUGACAUGGUAGAAAAUCCAUUUGGCAAUGACACAAAUGAACGGUCUCUACGAAAUCCUAGUGACGUUGGAAUGCCAGUGCAAGGAAGUUCUCGCUUUAAAAGGGCGCUUCGAAGGCUGAAAACCGGCCUCAGUCUGGGCAACAAUAGUCCUAACGCCUACCAGGGCUUCGAAAUGCACAGUUACGACGACCUGGGCCAAGAUGAUAGAUACACAAGGUCUAGAAACAAAUUCGACAUUAAAGUACUUUUCAAUCGCUACAUUCUACGUCGACCUGGAGACCAGAAUGUGGAAGCAGGCGCCCCGCGAAUUAUAUAUCUCAACGAUAGGGAAGCCAAUAUCGCCCAGGGAUUCGGCGACAAUCACAUUUCCACCACCAAAUACAACCUGGCCACGUUUUUACCGAAAUUUUUGUUUCAGGAGUUCUCGAAGUACGCAAACUUGUUUUUCCUGUUUACGUCUGCGAUACAGCAGGUUCCUAACGUCACACCAACCAAUCGAUACACUACCAUUGGCACGUUGUUGGUUGUUUUAAUUGUUUCGGCAGUUAAAGAGAGUGUUGAAGAUUUGAAGCGAGCAGGUUCAGACAGAGAGCUCAAUGACUCCAAGGCAGAAGUCUUUUCUGAACAGCUACACGAUUUUGUUGCCAACAAGUGGGUCAACAUCUCGGUUGGCGAUAUCAUCAAAGUCAACUCCGAAGAAGCCAUCCCGGCAGAUAUCAUAAUUUUGUCCUCUUCUGAACCAGAGGGUCUAUGUUACAUCGAAACUGCUAAUCUCGAUGGUGAGACCAAUCUGAAGAUCAAACAGGCCAGAGUGGAAACCUCCAAAAAUCUGGAUGCUGCUCAACUGGCCAGAGUGUCCGGAAAAGUUGUAUCCGAGCAGCCAAAUUCAAGCUUAUACACCUACGAGGGAACAAUGACUUUGAAUGGAAAGCAAAUACCACUUACGCCCGAACAAUUGAUUCUGAGAGGUGCCACUUUGCGAAACACAGCCUGGGUUUAUGGCUUUGUUGUUUUCACAGGACACGAAACCAAGCUAAUGCGUAAUGCCACUGCGACGCCUAUUAAAAGAACAGCUGUUGAGCGUGUCAUAAACAUGCAGAUUCUAGCUCUUUUCGGUGUUCUGAUCGUUUUGGCUUUGAUUUCCUCUAUUGGCAAUGUUAUCAAAGUUACAAGUGACGCCAAGCACCUGUCGUAUCUGUAUUUACAGGGCACGAACAAAGUCGGUCUCUUUUUUAAAGAUAUCCUAACCUACUGGAUCUUGUUCUCAAAUCUGGUACCUAUUUCCUUGUUCGUCACAGUCGAAAUGAUCAAAUAUUACCAAGCCUAUAUGAUCGGUUCUGAUCUGGACCUUUACGAUGAAAAAACUGAUACCCCAACAGUUGUUCGUACCUCCUCUUUGGUUGAGGAGCUCGGUCAAAUAGAAUACAUUUUCAGUGAUAAGACUGGUACGCUUACAAGAAAUGUCAUGGAGUUCAAGUCUUGCUCCAUCGCUGGCAAGUGUUACAUCGAAACUAUACCCGAGGAAAACAAUGCAAGAAUAGAAGAUGGGAUCGAGGUUGGGUUCAGGAAAUUUGACGAGAUGAAAUCUAGACUUGAUUGCAGUGAUGAUCCUGAGUCUCAAAUUAUCAAUGACUUUUUGACAUUACUUGCAACUUGCCAUACAGUUAUACCCGAGUUCCAGGACGACGGGUCAAUUAAAUACCAAGCUGCCUCACCGGAUGAGGGUGCCUUGGUUGAGGGUGCAGCAAUGCUUGGCUAUAAGUUCAUCAUCCGUAAACCCAGCACCGUUUCUAUUGUGAUAGAAAGCUCAGGAACAGAACAAGUUUACGAACUGCUUGAUAUUUGUGAAUUUAACUCUACCAGAAAAAGAAUGAGUGGAAUAUUCAGAAUGCCGGACGGACAGAUCAAAUUGUUCUGUAAGGGAGCUGACACGGUCAUACUGGAAAGACUUCGAGCGGAUAACAAUCCAUAUGUGGAAGCGACAGUUCGUCAUCUAGAAGACUAUGCGGCUCAGGGGUUAAGAACGCUGUGUCUUGCAACGAGAACUAUAUCUGAUACUGAGUAUGCUGACUGGAAAAAGCUGUAUAACGCGGCGUCCACAACACUUGACGAUAGAGCUGGAAAAAUGGAUGAAGCGGCUGAAUCGAUUGAAAAGGAUUUGUUUCUGAUAGGUGCGACUGCAAUUGAAGACAAGCUACAAGAUGGAGUUCCUGAAACCAUCCACACUUUGCAGGAUGCUGGAAUAAAAAUUUGGGUUUUGACAGGUGAUAGACAAGAAACGGCCAUAAACAUUGGUAUGAGUUGCCGGUUGUUGAGCGAAGACAUGAACCUUUUGAUCGUUAACGAAGAGUCAAAAGAGGCUACCAGAAGAAAUUUAAUGGAAAAACUAAGGGCUAUUGGUAACCAUCAAAUCUCUCAACAGGACAUUAACAGUUUGGCUUUAGUGAUAGAUGGCAAAUCUCUCGGUUAUGCUUUAGAGAGCGAUCUGGAAGAUUACCUACUAGCCGUGGGAAAAAUAUGCAAGGCCGUUAUCUGCUGCCGUGUUUCUCCGUUGCAAAAGGCGCUCGUGGUGAAAAUGGUGAAACGCAAAACAGAGUCCCUGCUACUAGCAAUCGGGGAUGGUGCGAACGACGUCAGCAUGAUUCAAGCGGCGCAUAUCGGUGUGGGUAUCAGUGGAAUGGAGGGUAUGCAGGCUGCCCGUUCAGCGGACUUCGCAAUUGCAGAGUUCAAGUUCUUGAAAAAACUCUUACUAGUUCACGGAUCGUGGUCCUAUCAAAGAAUAUCACAGGCCAUUCUCUACUCAUUCUACAAAAACAUUGCGCUUUACAUGACCCAAUUUUGGUACGUGUUCGCCAACGCAUACUCGGGACAAUCUAUCAUGGAGUCAUGGACAAUGACAUUCUACAACGUGUUUUUCACCGUCUUGCCGCCUUUCGUGAUGGGAGUCUUUGAUCAAUUUGUUAGUAGUCGUCUUCUCGACCGCUACCCACAGCUGUACAGACUGGGACAAAAGGGUCAAUUUUUUUCGGUGACAAUUUUUUGGGGCUGGGUCGCCAACGGCUUCUACCACUCUGCUGUUACUUUCUUGGGAUCGUACUUGAUCUAUGGCCGCGGAAACGUUUUGAACUCUCAUGGAGAAACUGCUGAUCAUUGGACAUGGGGGGUGGCAAUCUACACAUGUAGUGUCAUUAUUGUCAUUGGAAAGGCUGCGCUUGUCACCAACCAAUGGACCAAGUUCACUGCUUUUGCCAUUCCCGGCUCUUUGGCAUUCUGGUUGGUAUUUUUCCCCAUUUACGCUAGUAUAUUUCCACAUGCGAAUGUUUCGCGUGAAUACUACGGUAUUGUGCCACACGUCUACGGAUCUGCAACCUUCUGGUUGAUGUGCAUCGUUUUGCCCUUCUUUGCGCUGCUGAGGGACUUUGUUUGGAAAUACUACAAGCGAACUUAUACCCCAGAGAGCUACCACGUCGUUCAAGAAAUGCAAAAGUACAACAUUGGAGACUACAGACCACGCAUGGAACAUUUCCAAAAGGCUAUUCGGAGGGUAAGACAAGUUCAAAGAAUGAAGAAACAGCGUGGUUUCGCCUUCUCUCAAAGCGAAGUCGGUGGCCAAGAUAAAGUUAUCAGAAUGUAUGACACGACACUGAAGAGAGGCGCCCAUGGGGAACUGCAAGAUGCUUCAGCAAACCCAUUUCAUGACUGA